GUCACAUGCAAUCAUUUUCCUUGCUGUUGCUUAAAGAGAGUGUCACUGCUGCUGGCUGUGCAGAGCUAAGUAUAAACUAGUGUCAUUUGGAGCUUUGAAUCGGGAAUGUUUCCAUUGCCAAUGUGACUGUGAAAUCAAUUGAGGUGGAAAACAUAACCGUUAUUAAGGACUUUAAAUAUUUUACCUUGCAUCUUUAUCUGGUGAGAGACCACAGCUGGACUUGGUGCAUUUUCAAUAAUAUAACGAGUGAUGGAUCGCAGUAGCCUGCUCUCUGUACCAGGUAACUUUGAAGCCUCACAGAUGCAUCAACUCUCAGAGCAAUUGGAAACAAUCCCGGGCUGUGAAGCUGCGAGAUCCAUGGUCACUGCAGAGACCUCCAUCACAGCAUGUAAAAAGGUUCUGUGCAGUAAUAGUUUAUUGGACUCUGCGGAAUAUUGGCUGCAGAAUGAGAAGAAACUCUGCCAGGUUGGAUUCCUAGAGGAUAAGGCAAGAAGUAGUUGUCCCACGAUCUGUUUUGUGAACAUUGAUGGAGUGGAUACAAGCAUCAAUAGUAAGGAACUGCAACAGAAAUUAGAUACUGUAUCGCCUGAUCUCCCACACCUCAUCAAUUCUUUAAACAUUUGCCAGAUGAAAGAUAAUGAACUUAUCCUCGUGAGUGGACUAAUUGCUCCAGGAAGCUGUCAGGACAAUGCGGAUGAUUCCCAGGAUCAAAAGGAUGAAUCCACCAAAUAUUUGGAAGAUGAGUCCCUCCCACCUCCAACGCAGUGGACCAGACCCCCAGAUGUCUGUUUGGUUCAAUCAGCAAGAAGGUGCCGAAAGAAUGACAUGGCCUGUGUUAUUUAUGAAAUCAACAAAUGUAUGAUUGGCCUGGAUUAUUUCAAAGGAAGGAAAAAACAUCUUGUCAGCACCGCCAAUUGGAAGACAGAGGAAGAGACUAAUUACUCAGGUUCAUCCAUUGAGGAGGAUUUUCUCACUGCCUCUGAACAACUCAAUGAUGAGCAAGGUGAAGCCAGCAAUGACCUAAAAGACCCUCCGAGGAUUAGUGGGUUUGAUCCAGCACGAGGCACUAAAAAAUCAAAAGCAAAAUCUAGGGUUCUCUUGCAAAUGCGACAAAAUAAAGGCAACAGAUUUUGCCAAAAUGCAUGCAAUCUCCAAGAUACUUCAGCACACAAGUGUGCAGAUGAGGAGAGCUCUGGAAGUGUCCCAUUGCUUUGCUGUGAGGGCAACAACGUUCCUGAAGAAAGAGAUGGAGAACGGCAUAAGUCAGAAAGAAAUGUACAAGAAGAAACACUUGUCUUAAAGUCUCCUCAUAGCAACCAUUUAGCAAAUUCUGGUCUAGAGGAACACCACAACUCUUGCACAAUUGAAUGUGUCGGUACGCACAUUCACACCGACUCUUCAGCAGCACCAGUAGAUACACAGGACACAGAAGAUAAACCUAGUGCCUCUCCAUCUCUGAAGGAGAAUCACUGCAUGGAGGGUGAUUAUGCUUCAAACUUAGCAGAAUCUGUUUUGCAGGAUGCUUUUAUUAGACUGUCUCAGUCCGAGCCUACUUUUACAACAGAGGCUGCAGUCAGCAUCUCCGCAGAAAGUAUUGAUGCCCUUUCACCCAGCAAUACAAAAGAAAGUGUUACAAAUCCUCCUUGUCCAUGGAAUGUACUUCCCAAAAUUGUUAUUGUACAAAGUCCAGACAAUUGUGAUAAUGCUUCAGAAUGGCAAGAACCUUGCAGCCCGACAAUAGCUUCAUGCUUGGACUCUGAUCCAUUCAAUGAAACUCCAUGUUAUGCACAGGAAAACAUUAUUGACCAGAAUAAUUCUGAGUCAACUGGAUUGCCUCCUAGUUCUGUAGAGGUAGCUCUGGUCUGUGCAGCAAAUGUUAUAGGGACUAUUUCAAGCCCUUAUAUAACUGAAAGUCUACAGCUGGACCAGGCCUUAUAUGAUGUAGCAGAGAAUUUGCCUUGUGAUAGAGAAAAUGGAGAUGGAGCCUUACCAAGUGGUUCUAACUGUGGUGACAUGAACUUCUCAUUCUCAUCAGCUCUCUAUGGUGUGACCCAGGUGGCCAGCGCCAUAGGAGUUGCAGGCUUAAAUGAUGAGCCAGACCUGAGCUUUCCUGCUACUUCAAGUGGCCUCCUGUCUGCAGCUGAAACCUCUGCCGCAGUUACCCUCCAGUGCAGUGUCGGUGUCGGCAGCUGUGUAGAAACAUUUGCCCAUAACAUUGCUGAGGUAUUGUUCAAAGAAGCAGCCACUGUUCUUAUAAAACCAGACAAUUACAGAAGUGUUGGUGGAUUUAUGGAAUCUGUCGACCGAAAAAUAAUUGAAACAGUGACAAGACCAAAAGUCUCCCAUUGGGAGGAGUUGUCAAAGGAUGAUUUUGCCUUGAAUAUGUCAAAUUUAAUUCUAAAACAUUCUUUUGAAGAAGCAAAUAGCAAGGUGGGAAAAGUACAUCAGGAAAAGGAAAAUCAUUCGGGUGUAAAUCCAACCACCAUAUUUAUUGAAAGUGUGAAUAAGUCUCUCUUCAGUAUAUUAUAUUUUACUUGCAGGAAAAUCAAGGACAUUGUUGGGCACAAUGAUGUCACCAUGCUCUUUCAAGAUGAUGGGAUAAUGAAUAGUAAGGAUUCGGAAAUGACCAAUAAAGUGGAAGGAAUAUCAGUUAACCAUAAUCCCAAUGGCAGCAUUGAAAAUGUUGGUCAUGUACCCUCUGGUCAAGGGAACCUGACAGACCCCACAACCUCCUACGAGAAAAGUUGUGUAGGGCCAGAUCUGUCACAGCAGGUUAACCUGAACCCAAUGUGGCUUCACAGCAGACGGGGUAGUGACUGUGCAAACAUUGCACACAAUUUGACCAAUCAACUGAGAUCAAGGAAUAAUGGAGCUGCAAUUACCAAUGUUGCUGUCCCACAACAUCAGCAGAAUAUAUGCAACAAAGAUAUAAAUUCAUCUUUCUCCACUGAUGCUCUUGAGGUGGAUAGCAGAUACGCUAGUGCAGUUCAGGCCCGGACAUAUACUUACAUCGGCACACUUACAGAUAUGAGAGCCCAACCUCACCCAGAUAAAGACCAGAACGUCCUUAUGAUAAGUCCACCAAAUACUGCAAGUCCAUCUAAAUCUCCAUUCCAAGUUGAAAAAUCAGCAGAUACAAACCUAUCAAUAAAUGGAUUUGCUGACCAGAUAUCAAAGACGGUUGUUUCCAUGGCAACAGAAAUGGCAGCUAUUUGUCUUGAAAACACAAAUGCCAAGCAACCAUGGUUCUGUCCAUGGAAAACAAGGCUUGGUGACCAUGACAAAUUUUUGGUUCCACAGUCAUCAAGAGCUCUCACUAGGGGUAAAGAAUCUCAGACUACAACAGCCAAGAGACUUAAGCCACCCCGACUUAGUGAAAUCAAAAGAAAAACACAAGAGAAACCUGAGCUAAAGGAAAAGCUAAUGAACAGAGUGGUUGAUGAAUCAUUGAACUUUGAUGAUGCCUUGGACCAAAUUAACAACUUCACUCAUGAGGUGACAGCUAAAAUAGUGAACUCAGCUGAACUAACAGUGAUAGACUCUAUGAGGCAAGGACAAGGGCUGACAAGAAACAGGCUACUGGGUGACAGAUGGAGCAGGGGAAAGACGUCCAGUUAUGAAAGCAUUCCAGAAGAGGACAUGGAUUUUAACAGCUCGUGGGCUGCUCUUGGCGCCAUGACUAAAUUUGGUCAGCCAAUAAGCAGGUCCAGUUCCAUCUCUAAGCAAUCAAGCUGCGAGAGUAUCACCGACGAGUUUUCCAACUUCAUGAUGAAUCAGAUGGAAAAUGAAGGCUGGGGAUUUGAGCUGUUGCUGGAUUACUAUGCCAGCAAGCAUGCCAGCAAUAUUUUAAAUGCAGCUCUGCAGCAGGUGUGCAGAAAGAGUGGUCACCUUGGUGUAAAUGCAACGUGUCUGUCAAAACAAUCUAGUACAGAGAGCAUAACAGAAGAGUUUUACAGGUACAUGCUCCGUGAACUGGAUAAAGAAAGCAAAGAAACAAAAGCCAACAAAGAGUUCCACAAUAUGUUGCUUCCCCCUGCUGGGAGAACGACUUUAUGUUUUAGGCAAUCUUCAAUGCCUGACAGACGAGCAUCAGAGGGAAGAUUAACAGUAACUCCCCCCGUGAAAGCAAACUCCUUUGAUGGCUUUGUCCAGAAUGAUCGCAGAAACACCUUGCAUGUACAUCUAGGCGAUGCACAAUUGUCUACAAACCUGUACAAAUCCCUAACAGACUCUUGUUUAUAUCGGAAGAACAAAACUGACCACAUCACCGACAUGUUGAUAAGUGAAACUUGGUCCAAUUCCAUUGAGGCUCUAAUGAGGAAAAAUAAAAUUAUCUGUGAUGAUGCUGACAUUCAGAGUGGUGAACAGUUGUCAGGUGGUGCCCAGCAACAUGCUGAACAGAGUCUCGCCACAGUAGUUACUGACACAGUUAAAUGUGGGAAAUCAAUCAGUAGCAGCCAGCAGGGUUCCGUUGAAACUGCAACCCAUGACUCUGGAACUGAAAGCAAAAUAUGUGAUUCAGACCUUGGCCACAGAGCAGAGAAAGCAAAAUUAGUGACUGACAAGAAGUGCUUCACUUCACAUGAUUGGGCAGCUGUGAAGAAAAAGAAAUUGUCUCACUGCCCAAGGGAAGUCCCUUCAAUUCAUAUAGAGAAUGAUCAAAAGGAAGAGAUCAAGCAAUGUCCUCAGGGGAAGGCUGCUGGCAGUACUAAAAGACAAAUGGAACGUAAGUUUCCUGAAGCUGAUUCUGAAGGACAGACUGAAUCUGGCUCGCUGAUGUCCAGCUUUAUGAAGAAUCUGGUGGCAUUGGAGAAUGCCACAGCUGAAGAGAAUCCCUGCAGCUUAAGCACCAGUGAUGACAGCAUGGGGAGCUGGUCACAGCUCAUUAAUGAAGAAGACCACGCAGAAGACAGUAGUAGCUAUCUUCAUCUUAGUGAAAGCAACGGGAACAGCAGUGCUUCAAGUAGUCUUGGCCUAGUGGAUCUGGAUGCCUAUCAGGAGAACCUCUCGAUACGCACUUUACCCAGUGAAAUCAUCAGUGAAAAGGAGACAGUAAAAGAUAACCAAGAGAGUUUGGAUGAAAAUACAUCACAGAUGGCAAUUGGCACAUUCAACUGCCAUAUGGAUUUUCUUGUGCUGAACCUUGACCUAAGCCCUGAAUGUGUUGAUGCUGAAUUGAGAGCAAUUUUGCAGUGGAUAGCAGCUUCUGAGCUUGGUUUUCCAGUGAUUUACUUCAAAAAAUCUCAGGAAAAAAGGAUUCAAAAGUUUUUAGAUGUUAUCCACUUUGCUGACCAGAAAGCAUGGAAGCUCAAAGAUCUGUUUCUUGCAAUCAUGCAGUUCUGUGAACUACAAGAGGAUGGAGGAAGGCUUCCAACAAGCAGUCUGUUUGACUGGCUCCUUGAAUUUGGCUAAAUAUUACCUUACAUUUUUGGUUAUGUAGAUAGAAAGAAAUAAUAGCCAAUUUGAGACUAUUUGACAUUGGAGUCGAUUUAUAUGAAUAUUUUAAAGCCAGGUUGUGUUUUUCUUGAAGUGACUAAUCAUACAUUAACUGGGUCACACCAAGUGGUACUGUAUACAACAUGUGAAAACCAGCAGUUGGAUUUAUGUCAAAGAGCAAUUUGUUAUUCAUACCCAAGAUAUGGUGUUUCUGCCAUGUACUAAUUGCAGAGUUGAUGCAACUAUUUAUGACUAAAUGUGGAUAAAUAUGUUAUUUCAUCACCAAAGCAGCCCCACUAUUGCAGUGGGCACAGAGUGUACUCAUUUUGCAAUGUAAGUGUAUAAGAGCUGUCACAGAUGCAAAGCCACAGUCAAAGCUGAAUACAUUGUUAUCUUUUAUCUGAUCUGUACUGUACAUGUGAAGAUGAUGACACUGACAUACGCAAGCCAUAUAGUAUCAGACAAGCCUGUACUGUAUAUGUAAAUUUGUGUGGCAUGUAUUUAGAGCAGAUUUGGAUAGACUUUGGAAAAAUAUUUUUACAAUCAUCUUACUAAAACUGUACAUUAGAUGUACAGCAAGCUUGUCUGUCUGACCAACCAACCUUUCAGUUAGUGAAAAGUUCCAGACAGCUGACUACAAUGAUUUUAAUGUACUGAUGCUGUUUACUCUGUUGAAAUAGUCACACAAUAUUACGUCAAACACUAGAAUGUAAUACCACAAAAUGCUGCAUAUCCAAACCAAAACUUUUGCCAGAAUAGUGCAGCUAGCUAGCACUAAAGGAGCUAUACUGUUUGGCAACACAAACAAAUAAAUGAGAAUUAUUCCAGUUGGAAACUGCACAAAAUAAUUCUGAAAUUUGUCUAAAGCAGCCUAAUAGGAUAAAUGAAAGGAAAAUAACGACACUUUUUUUAGUGACUCAGUUUUGAGAAAAAAGAAUUGUCUUGAAGAGUUUCUUUUUGGUCGAAUUAUUUGUUUAAUUUCUAAACGGUACCAUUCCUCUGAAAUACCAUUUUGUGAAAAGCACAACCGAGAGGGGAACGUUGGCAUAAGCCACAAUUAAGGAUAAAAACAACAGCAUUUCAUUAAAACAAAUACUUUAGGUAAAUAAAAAAUUGGAUUUUGUACAAAAAUAUAUGGGUUUAUUUGUAAUACUUCAGUUUGCAGUUACUUUGCUAGAUUUAGUCAAAUAAUGCUUUUCUUAAAAUUUAUUACUAUACCCUAGUUAAAACAGUGAAAUAGAUUAGAAAAUAUGCACAUGAAAAUACCACUCAAUUCUUGUUUGGAUUUAAUGCUCUACCACAUAAACUAAUGUGGCAAUACUUUCUGGAUUACUAUAAGAACUUUGUAUGAAUCCCAAUUGUAUUCACGUUAUUUCAUGAAAAUAAACUCAUACUGGAUGUAUUCACAAUAAAUAUUGAUUAAAAGUG